AACGCGAAAGAGUGUGCCUGUGCGGCAAGAAGAAAGAAGAGAAAAAAAAAGAGUCACACUGCAGGAAAGGAAAGAAAACUCAAGACUGUUUAUCUGCAUUUGGAAAUGCACUAAGAUAAGAAGAACUAAAUUAUAACUCUCUCCUUCUCACUUUAUACCAUCACAUUUACACACUUUUACAACAUGGCAAAAGGAAGCGUUUUAUUAGCUUAUUCUGGCGGUUUAGAUACAUCAUGUAUUAUGGCAUGGUUGAUCGAUGAAGGUUACGACGUAAUCGGAUUCAUGGCUGAUGUCGGUCAAGAAGAAGAUUUUGAUGCUGCUCGUGAAAAGGCAAUGAAAUGCGGUGCAAAAGGUUUCAUUUUGGAAGAUAUGCGAAGAGAAUUUAUCGAAGAACUCAUCUUCCCUGCCGUUCAAGCUAAUGCAGUUUAUGAAGAUGUUUACCUUUUAGGUACUUCCCUUGCCCGUCCAGUUAUCGCACGUGGAAUGAUGGCCGCCGCUGCAAAGAAUGGAUGCGAAUACGUUUCACACGGAUGCACAGGAAAAGGUAACGAUCAAGUUCGUUUCGAAUUGGCUUUCUACGGUUUAAAGCCUGAUAUCAAGGUUAUUGCUCCUUGGCGUAUUCCUGAAUUCUACAACCGAUUUGCCGGUAGAACUGCAUUGUUGGAUUACGCUGCUUCAAAAGGCAUUCCAGUCGUUCAAACAAAGUCUAAGCCAUGGUCAACUGACGAAAACGCUGCUCAUAUUAGUUAUGAAGCUGGUAUUCUAGAAGAUCCCGAUCAAACUCCACCAUCUGAAAUGUGGAAAUUAACAACCGAUCCAAGAAAGGCACCCGAUACACCCGAAGAAAUUUCCAUCGAAUUCACAAAAGGUUUACCUACCAAAGCAACUAUUGGCGGUAAAACCUACACAGAUGCCGUUGAACUUUUCUUGGCUGUGAACGAAGUUGGUCGAAAACACGGGGUUGGCAGAAUUGAUAUCGUGGAAAAUCGUUUGAUCGGAUUAAAGUCUCGUGGAUGUUACGAAGCAUCUGGUCAUCAUAUCUUACGUGCUGCUCACAUUGGAUUAGAAGGUUUGACAAUGGACAGAGAAGUUCGUCGUGUUCGGGACGAUUUAGCAAAGCGUUAUUCAGAAUUGUUGUAUUACGGCUACUUCUACAGUCCAGAAUGCAACUACGUUCGUGCUUGCAUCAUCCCAUCCCAAGUCACCGUUAAUGGAAAAGUUCGUCUUUCGCUUUACAAGGGUAACGCAAUGAUCAUCGGUCGUUCCUCCCCAGAGACUUUGUACAGUGCUGAGUUGGCCAGUAUGGACACCGUUGAAGGAUUCAGUCCAGAGGCAACGAGCGGAUUCAUCGAAACAAGUGCUAUUCGUAUCAAGAGUUACGGGUUAUCCCAAACACAAAAGGGUUUGGGAGGUGUUGACCGUAAAGAAGCAUAUGCUCUCAACAAGUAAGCUCUUUCGUUGAUUCAUCUCGCAUUAAACUCUCCAAAAAUUGUUUUAUAUUCUCUGAUAUAGUUUAGCGAUACAAUAAAGUUUUUCAUCCUAUAAUGCGUCUAUGAAGAUUCUGCAAUGGCUUCCUUGCUCAUAGGACUGGGCUCGGUCGCACUUGUACUUUGCUUUUCUGAGGUAUUUCGAGGGGGUACUGGCGCAUUAUGUAGGGUAUCUUGUGCUUUCUGAGCAUCUUGUUCUGCGAUUCGGUCCUUCUUUUCAGUUUCAACUUCUUUCUGUAAGGCUAGCAAUUCAGCUUCCAUUUCAGCUUCAUCGGGUUCUUC